AUGGUCUAUGUGGAUGACUUGAUACUUAUAGGAAAUGAUCACUCUAUGAUUCAACACACCAAAGAAACACUACACACAACUUUCAAGAUCAAGGACUUCGGAGAACUUAAGUACUUCUUGGGUAUUGAGUUUGCAAGAAGUAAUAGGGGGAUAUUGAUGCAUCAGAGAAAAUAUGCUUUAGAGUUAAUUGCAGACAUGAGACUUGCAGGUGCUAAAACUAUCACAAUUCCUAUGGUGUCAUCAAAUUCUGAGGACUUGGUGUUAGAAGAUCCUACUGGAUAUCAUAAACUUAUUGGGACGCUUCUGUAUCUCACAACUACAAGAUCAGACCAGACAUUGCUUUUGCUGUGCAAAGUUUGA